CAGUAUUAAAUUCUUGAAAGAGGUUUAAGCUUAGCCGCCCGCUAAUGGAGUUGUCGAAGCACAGAGCAACAGCAUCAAUGGCGGUCGAUUCAGUUCCAGUUCUUCCUCCUGAGUUAAUAUCCGAAAUACUCACAAGGCUACCUGUGAAAACCUUGCUGAAAAUGAGGUGUGUUUCAAAAUCUAUGCUUUCUCUAAUCUCUAAUCCCCAAUUCAUCAAAACCCAUCUCAAAUUUUCAAUCAAUAAUCAGCAAUUUACUUACCAUAAGCUUCUUUUUCGAAAUUUCGACGAUGAAAAUAGCUUGAGUUACUACACUUUCUCAUUAUUUCCAAUACCCAUUUGUGUAAAACCUCAACGUAUCCCUACUGAGCUUGAUUUCUCUUGUGAAGAUUUAUUUGGUGAUAGAUAUCGAAUUUUGGGUUCCUGUGAUGGAUUGAUUUGUAUUUCUCGUGAUAUUUUAGAUCUGUUUCUAUGGAAUCCCACUACUAGAAAGUUGAAGAAAUUGCCCUCUUCUGGAAUUAAUGUGAGUUGUGAACAUGAUGUUGAUUUUUCUUAUGGAUUUGGUUGUUGUACUGAUACUGAUCAGUGUCGAAUUGAUUACAGAAUCGUAGAAAUUGUGCGAAAAGAACAUAGUUGUAUUAAUCGUUAUUAUGUUAGUGUUUAUAGUCUAAGAAGUGAUUCUUGGAAAAGAAUCGAAGAGUAUCCGAGCAUUGUGUUUAGGGAUCAUUCUGGUAAGUUUGUGAAUGGGAAACUUCAUUGGAGUGCAGAGGAUCGUGUGAGUGAUAAUAAAUCGACAUUUUUUAUUUCUUCCUUUGAUCUGGUAAAUGAAACAUUUGGAAAUGUAGCAUUGCCUGGUCCAGAAGGUGAGUUUUUUGAUCGCGAAGUAGGGUGUUCAGGAGGUAAAUUGUGUUUGUUUUGUUACUUUGAGAACAAGACUGAUGUGUGGGUAAUGAAGGAGUAUGAUGUUGUAGAGUCGUGGACCAAGAUAGCUUCGAUCCCUACAAAAGAUUACGAGGCUUGGCCAAUUUUCAUCUCCCGAGAUGAUGAAAUUUUAGUGCAUGAAUCUAGAAGUUUAGUGUGGUUUAAUUCAAGAGAUAACACUUUCACGCGUCCUGAGGUUAGGAUACGUUGUGAUGCUGCAAACAAUCUUGGUUUAUACAAUGAAAGUCUUGUUUCUCCAUUUUUUUUGGAGGAACCUAUCGAUCAAUGAGUGAAAAAGGAUGAAGACUGUGCUAUGGUCUUCGAGCUCUCGUGCAUAAUGAAGAACUUGCAAGAAGAGGUGAACAAACUUGAAGCAUGACACGUUGUGAUGCUGCAAACAAUCUUGGUUUAUACAAUGAAAGUCUUGUUUCUCCAUACUUUUUGGAGGAACCUAUUGAUCAAUGAGUGAAAAAGGAUGGAGAUUGUGCUAUGGUCUUCGAGGUCUCGUGCAUAAUGAAGAACUUGCAAGAAGAGGUGAACAAACUUGAAGCAUGACACUUUGUGAUUCUGCAAACAAUCUUGGUUUAUACAAUGGAAGUUGUUUCUCCAUACUUUUUGGAGGAACCUAUCGAUCAAUGAGUGAAAAAGGAUGGAGAUUGUGCUAUGGUCUUCGAGGUCUCGUGCAUAAUGAAGAACUUGCAAGAAGAGGUGAACAAACUUGAAGCAAUUUGUGAUUCUGCAAACAAUCUUGGUUUAUACAAUAGAAGUCUUGUUUCUCCAUACUUUUUGGAGGAACCUAUCGAUCAAUGAGUGAAAAAAGGAUGGAGAUUGUGCUAUGGUCUUCGAGGUCUCGUGCAUAAUGAAGAACUUGCAAGAAAAGGUGAACAAACUUGAACUUUGAAGCAUGACGUAGUCAACAUAAAGUUUUGGUUAGAGGUGGAAAACUAGUAUUUCUUGUUCUAAAUUUUUCUAUCUAAACGAUGUCAAUGGUACUUGCUUUGAUCGAAGAUCUUCUCCAGGUAAUUUCUUUUUUGUUGCUUUUGUAUCACAAAACUUGUCAUGGUGGGAAAAAAACUCGAAAGGCUUGAUCAUGUUAAGAAUUUACUAUGAAUCGAAUUCUCUCUUUAUGCAAUUAUGUAUUAAGAAUCUCUCCAUAUAUACCCAUUGAGCUUGAUAUUCCUUGUAAAGACUCAUUUGCUGACUAUAAAGUUGUGGAUGUUCGGAGUGUGAA